CCUGCGGGCCAGCCUCCGGUCACGUGACGGCGGCCCAGGUGAGCACCGCUUCCGGAGUCGGAAGCCUGCUUCGCCGCGGGCUCCGGCUUCCACUCCGUCGGGUGCACGGGAGAGGGAGACUAUGGCGUCCUCCUCUGUCCCGCCGGCCACCGUACCGGCGGCGACAGCGGCCCCGGGCCCGGGUUUCGGCUUCGCUUCCAAAACCAAGAAGAAGCAUUUCGUGCAGCAGAAGGUGAAGGUGUUCCGGGCGGCCGACCCGCUGGUGGGCGUGUUCCUGUGGGGCGUAGCCCACUCGAUCAAUGAGCUCAGCCAGGUGCCUCCCCCCGUGAUGCUGCUGCCAGACGACUUUAAGGCUAGCUCCAAGAUCAAGGUCAACAAUCACCUUUUCCACAGGGAAAAUCUGCCUAGUCAUUUCAAGUUCAAGGAGUAUUGCCCCCAGGUCUUCAGGAACCUCCGUGAUCGAUUUGGCAUUGAUGACCAAGAUUACCUGGUAUCCCUCACCCGAAGUCCCCCGAGUGAAAGUGAAGGCAGCGACGGUCGCUUCCUUAUCUCCUACGAUCGAACUCUGGUCAUCAAAGAAGUAUCCAGUGAGGACAUUGCUGACAUGCACAGCAACCUCUCCAACUACCACCAGUACAUUGUGAAGUGCCAUGGGAACACACUGCUGCCCCAGUUCCUGGGGAUGUACCGGGUCAGCGUGGACAAUGAAGACAGCUACAUGCUUGUGAUGCGUAACAUGUUUAGCCACCGUCUUCCUGUGCACAGGAAGUAUGACCUCAAG